AUGGUAUUUGUGGAAUUAAUUGGAGCUUUUAUCGUUAUCCUAAGCAUUAUAUACAUUUAUUAUAAAUAUGUGAUAUUCAAUUUCUGGUCGAGGCGUGGUGUUUUCUAUGUCAAACCCGUUGUACCAACUGGAAAUAUAGCAGCACUCAUUACUGGAAAAGUACAAGUAGGCAUUUUCUUUCGUGAUGCCUAUAUGAAGUAUAAAAACUAUCGCGCCUUUGGAAUGUAUUCACUGUUUAAACCAAACUUGCUGAUCGCCGAUCCUGAGCUAAUUCGACUGGUGUUGACAAAGGAAUUCGAAAGUUUCCAUGAUCGUGGAAUGUACUGUAAUGAAAAAAUUGACCCAUUAACCGGACAUUUGUUUUUAAUGUCUGGAAAGAGAUGGCGAAAUAUGCGUGUCAAGUUGACACCCACUUUCACUACAGGAAGAAUAAAACAGAUGUUUUCAAUAAUAAAGGAAUGUGGCAACAAACUUGCAGACUAUCUAGACAGACAAGCACAAAUGAGAGAAUCUAUUGAGAUAAAAGAUAUAUUGUCAAGAUAUACAACAGACGUAAUUAUGUCAACGGCUUUUGGUAUCAACUCAAACUGUAUUGAGGAGCCGAAUAAUGAAUACCGAAUACAGGGGAAAAAAGUUUUUUAUUUCAAAUCACUUUGGAUCGCCUUGUUUAUGUUUGUGCCGCAAAUUAUGAAUUUCUUUUCCAUUCCUCUUACUAACCGAUCAGUAACCAAUUUUUAUAUGAAUAUAUUCCGACAAAAUGUGGAAUAUCGGCAAGCACAUAACAUCGUUAGACAUGAUUUUAUGAAUCUACUGAUCCAACUUAUGGAGAAGGGCUACCUUGAUCCUGACGAUGACGAAAAGACCAAUGAAGCUGCAGUAGACAAACUUACUAUGAUAGAAGCCACUGCCCAAAGUUAUGUCUUCUUCAUUGCCGGCUUCGAAAGCAGCUCGAUGACGACAGCGUUCACUCUAUAUGAAUUAGCUCAACGUGAAGACAUACAAAACAAACUUCGUAAGGAAAUCGACGAAGUGUUAUCAGAACACGGUGGUUUGACUUACGAUGCUGUGAACAAUAUGAUAUAUCUUAGCAAAGUAAUAAAGGAAACUUUACGGAAAUAUCCUCCUCUUCCCAUCUUGAAUCGUAUCUGCACCGAGGAAAUAGUUCUACCAACUACGGAUAUUCGCAUACCAAAGGGAACUAUAAUAACCAUACCGGUGCUUGGACUGCAUCAAGAUCCAUCAAUAUAUCCGAAUCCGGAUACAUUCGAUCCAGAAAGAUUCAAUUUAGACGAGGUAGCAAAAAGGCAUCGUUUUGCUUAUUUGGCAUUCGGGGAAGGCCCACGAAACUGCAUUGGUAAACGAUUUGGCUAUAUAGAAACAAAAAUCGGACUGGUGUGUCUUCUGGCAAAAUAUAAAUUCAAAAUUCAUCCCCGGACUCAAAUCCCACUUGUCUUCAACCCGCAAACUCUUGGUCUUGCACCAAAAGGCGGUAUACACCUUAUUAUUGAGCCGCGAUAAAGAAAAAGCAUUUAUACUUAAAAUUAUUUCUACUUUUAUUAAUUCAAUAUACAGGGUCGGAACCUUGGAUUAUCUUACAAUUAGAAUAGAAUGAAUAAAAAUAUUAUUGAUAUAUUACACCUUGAUAAAAAACAUUGAAAUAUUACCGAAAUAUUGUUGUAAUAUAUUUUUGCAAUAUAUCACCUUAAAUAGCAAGGUAAUAUUAAAUGACGUUUCAGUUAUGCCUUAUUGAUAUUAAUGAUUUCAUUAAGACAUUAUCAAGGUAUCACAAAAUUAUACCUACAUUGCAAUAAUAUUAAUUGCAUCAAUGUUGCUGUAAUAUUGGAAUAUUACAUGUUGUGCGGUUACCUACGUAUAAGUUAAUGACAGUUAUAGAUACUUAUUUUAACAUUAACAUUAUUUUAGUUUUAAUAUGUUAUUAAGUAUUAACAUCUUAUUUUAUUAAAAAUUUUACAAGUAAUAUUCAUUCUUUGUUAGAUUAUAAGUGUCCUUAUAAAUGAUAUUUAGAUUUACAAUUUUUUAGUUUGUAACAAUAUUACUUAUUGUGUUAACUAUAAUUAUAUCAAUGUUUUUUCUUCUAUGUCUAAUAUUAAAUCUAACAAUUUUUUAAAUAUUAAUAACAAUCCAAUAAAAAUUAUUGAAAUAAUUUAUUAAUUUAUAAAUCAAAUUAUAUAGAGAGCAUCUUCUCACUGGAUAGCGACAUCCAGUAGUGUCACAUUCCGUUUAUAUAGUUUAGUUAUUAAUUUUAUUAAUUCCAUUAAUAUGAUGACACAACCUAUUAAAUUGCAUAAGAAUGAGCGAACAUGAAAUAUACAUUAACAGUAGGUAAAAAUAAUAUAAGUAAUUUCAAAAUUAUGGUUCUAUCAUUGAAUCUUAUUAGAAUUGCAAUUUGCAAUCACAUAUGAUUAAUUGUGUUUGAUUAUAAAAUAAUCAAAUAUUAAUCAAAAUAAAAAAAUCAAUUUUCAACUAAUUCAAUGAUUAAUCAUAUAUUUAUAAGAAAGUUCAUGAAUUAAUCAUUGCACAGUAUAUCAAUUUUGUAAAAUUUAUUACUAUAUAAUGCAGAUAUAAACAUUCCGAAUCGAUAUUUCUAUUCAAUCUAAAUGCUGAUGAGAAAACAAGAUUUUUUGUUACAAAUGUAAUAGAGUUAUAAGUCAUUUCAAAAAUAUGUUUAAAAUGUAAAUAGUCUUAUAAUGUAUGUUGCCUGAUUACUUGUAAAGAUAUA